UUUUUCAUAUCGUUUUUCUUUUUUGUUUUUUUUAGUAUUUUUUUGUUUAAAGUAUAAUGUUCUCAUCUCUUUUAUCUAGGGUGAUCGAAUUGGUGCGUCUAUACGAAGAACAUUGAUCUACAAGUCCAAGGAGCAACUCCAAGAGGGAAUGGUGUUCACGAUUUCCUCAUUUGAUGUUGCUAGCAACAGUGGUUCGUAUCGACCAUCACGCAAUGAAUACAAACUGAAUUUCACAAUCAACACAAAAGUCAAACUAUCUAAAACUGUUUUGGUCCCAACAAACGUGUAUUCGUUUACAUCUGCAUAUGAUGUUUUCAAUGAAUCUUACGACAACAACUUCUUGGUAGAUGUAAUUGGAGUCAUGACUGGAGUUGGAGUUGAAAGAGAGUACGAAAGAGAUGGUGUAAAAACUAAAAUGAAUGUCAUUGAAUUGGAUUCAAAUGGGUAUCGUUUUAAAUGUACUCUUUUUGGAGAGUAUGUUGAAGAGCUGAGCUCUUUCCUAUCGUCCGGUGAAUCUCAAAAUGUUGUUGUAGCCAUUAUGUUGGCAAAAGUUAAAUUGUUUCAAGGUAAUAAUUUAUGACUAGCAAUUGUGAUUGUUUGUUUAUACGAAUAUAUAUACUUGAUUCAUAUACUUUUGAAUCUUAAUGAUAGGAAAACCAGCAUUGCAAAAUGCAUUUUCUUCCACUAGAAUCACAUUCAAUCCUGAAAUUGGUGAAACAAAGGAACUAAGGAAAAGCUUUCUUAGUGCAAAUACAAAUUCUCCUGCAUCGGGAUUGAUCCAAUUACCAAAUUCAUCUCGCAUACUUGUAAAUGAAGAGUUUCUCUUACUUACUCCUAGGACCACUAUUGAGGAGUUAAAGAAUGUUAAUAAGGUUUUUUUUAUUUUUUUUAUUUUUUUUAUUACAAGUCUA